CUAGGUCCCUGAGCAAGGAGUGUCCCCCGGAGGGCGUCUUCCUGAAGUCCGGACUCAGCAGAGGCAGCAGCGAUGGGCGCUGGCGGCCCCCGGCGGGGCGCGGGGCCCCCAGACGGAGGCUGGGGCUGGGCCGUGCUGGGUGCCUGCUUCGUGGUCACCGGUUUCGCGUACGGCUUCCCCAAGGCCGUGAGCGUCUUCUUCCGCGCGCUCAUGCGCGACUUCGGCGCGGGCUACAGCGACACGGCCUGGGUGUCCUCCAUCAUGCUCGCCAUGCUCUACGGCACCGGUCCUGUCUCCAGCAUCCUCGUGACCCGCUUUGGCUGUCGCCCGGUGAUGCUGGUGGGUGGGCUGUUGGCCUCGGCGGGCAUGGUCCUGGCAUCCUUCGCCACGCGCCUCCUGGAGCUGUACCUGACGGCCGGUGUGCUCACAGGCCUGGGCCUGGCCCUCAACUUCCAGCCGUCGCUCAUCAUGCUGGGGCUGUACUUCGAGCGGCGGCGGCCCCUGGCCAACGGGCUGGCGGCGGCGGGCAGCCCCGUGUUCCUGUCGGCGCUGUCGCCGCUCGGCCAGCAGCUGCUCGAGCACUUCGGCUGGCGCGGCGGCUUCCUGCUGCUCGGCGGCCUCCUGCU